AUCACCUGAGCUCAUUACACCAGCCGGCAGCGGCACACAAGUGUGAAAAUGGGGAAAACAGUUGGACGCUGGGACUUUGAAUGGGUUUAUAAUGAGCAACCGCACACAUGGAGAAGAAAAGAAAUUUUAGCAAAGUAUCCUGAAAUCAAGUCUUUGAUGGGUCAUGACCCCCAGCUGAAGUGGGUCGUGUCAGGGAUGGUGCUGACCCAGCUGCUGGCAUGUUACAUGGUCCACGAGCUCUCCUGGAAGUGGGUGUUGUUUUGGGCGUAUGCGUUCGGUGGCUGCAUCAACCACUCUCUGACCCUAGCCAUCCAUGACAUUUCACACAACGUGGCCUUCGGCACUAAAAAGGCUCGCUGGAACCGCUGGUUUGCCAUGUUCGCCAAUCUCCCCAUUGGCUUGCCUUACUCGGCAUCCUUCAAGAAGUACCACAUCGACCACCACCGUUAUCUGGGAGGAGAUGGCUUGGACGUGGAUAUUCCGACCGACCUUGAGGGCUGGUUCUUCUGCACCCCAGCCAGGAAGGUGCUCUGGCUCUUUCUCCAGCCUUUGUUCUACGCGCUCCGUCCGUUGAUCGUGAACCCCAAGCCCGUGACCAGGUUAGAGAUGCUGAAUGCAGUCGUGCAGUUUGUGGUAGACAUUAUCAUCUACUAUUUUUGGGGACUCAAGCCUAUAGUCUAUCUAAUUGCUGGCUCUAUACUGUGCAUGGGCCUGCAUCCCAUCUCUGGACAUUUCAUCGCUGAGCACUACAUGUUUAUGAAAGGUCAUGAAACCUACUCUUAUUACGGCCCUCUCAACUUAAUAACCUUCAAUGUGGGAUACCAUAUGGAGCACCAUGACUUCCCCAGCAUUCCUGGCAGCAAAUUACCUGAGGUCAAGAGGAUUGCAGCAGAGUACUAUGACUCUCUCCCUCAACACACUUCCUGGAUGCGAGUGCUCUGGGACUUUGUGUUCGAUGAUACCAUCGGCCCCUACGCCAGAGUCAAGAGACAAUUCAAACUUGGCAAAAAGGAAUAAAUUUGGUAUUAGACUACUGAUCUAACCAAAUGUAUUUAUAAAACGUUCUACACAAAUCUGCAAAUGAAAGAUAAUUGGCACUAGCCAGGCUAUUAGUUGAACAGGAACAAACCUUUUCACACAAGAACCGGCAAACUUCUUCAUUCUGUUACAGCAUUUCAUCAUAUACGUAGAUCCAUCUGAACAAUAUCCGAACUAAAACUUCACAUUCCCUGCACCUGGGACCAUGUUAAAUUAUUAGGAGUAUCAAAGCCCAGUUGACCUUCUCAAAAUAUUUCCAUGCAUCCAUUCCUACCAAAGAUGUGAAACUUUGUUUUAGGUCUAAAAUUGUUCUUAUGGUAUACAUGUAACAAAAGGAAUGCAUUUGUUUGUGUAUCAUUGCCAAUAGUCACUCAACUCUAUCCAAAUACUGAGAUGCCAGUUAAGAUGUACCUGAGGAAAGAAGUGCUGAGAUGAAAUGUUUAAGCAGACUUCAAAUGCUGUUUCAUCAGUGAGGCCUUUUUGAAAACCAAAUAUAUCAUUGUGUUGUGUAACUUAAGUCUUUAAAUAAUAU